AUGAGAGAGCCCUCUUACCGAAUUAUAUAUCUUGAAACUCAAAAACCAAAGACUCUUCAAGAAAAUCUUAAGACUAAUUCAAGAAAAAUUUCCAAAAUCAUGAGCGACUAUACGGCCUACUGCACGGACUGUAAGACAAACACAGAAGUGGUAGAAGAUAAUGCAUCAGGAGAUACAAUCUGCACAAACUGCGGGUUAGUUCUUGAUCAUCACUUCAUCGACCAAACUUGCGAAUGGCGAACUUUUGCUGAUUCCGAAAAGGAUGAUCAUGAUCCUAACCGCGUCGGCAACGUCUCUAAUCCUCUCUUAACCCACGGAAACCUCUCAACAACAAUAACAGCACCCAAAUUUUCUGAUGCUAAAACCGACAGACUUAUUUUCGAUACGCUGACGAACCCCGAUAAAAUCCUGACGAAGGGCUUUGAGUCAAUUGGUGCGAUGGCGGAUAGGUUAAGCGUUGGAAAAAUUGCCAAGAUUAGGGCUGAUGAAAUAUACAAGAUUUUAUUGGAUAAAAAAUCAUGCAAAGGAAAGAACUUGAAGUCUAUAUUGGCAGGGUGUUUGUUUGUUGCUUGUAAAGAGACUAAAUUACCAAGAACUGUGAAGGAAAUUUGCUCUGCUGCGGAAGGGGUUUCGAUAAGAGAUAUUAACAAAGCUGCGGAUUUUAUCAGGAAACAAACUGAGAUUGAUAUUAUUGCUAGCAGUGGAUGUUUGAAUGGAAGUGGGCUUGUAAGGCGGUUUUGUUCGAAGCUUGGGAUGAAAAAUAAGGAGAUGAAAGCGGUGCAAGAAGCUCUUGAGAAUUGCAAAGAAUUUGAUAUAAGGAGGAGUCCUUGUUCUAUCCUGGCAGCUAUUAUUUUCAUAAUUACUCAACUGUCGGGAUGCAAGAUUGGUCUCGGAGAUAUUGCGAUGGCGGCUCAAGUUGCGGAGCAAACUAUCAAGAAAUCGUAUAAGGAUAUUCAUCCGUAUGCUUCGAGGGUGGUGCCGCGUUGGUAUGCUGUGGAAGAUGAUUUGAAGAGACUCCGCAGACCUUGA